UCUUUGAAGUAAAAUAGAUCUUUUUUUAUCUCACUGCGAUUUGAAUGGACUGCGGUAGGCUAACGAUGUGUUAUCAGAAUAAAUGAUUUUAAAUCAAAUCAUAAGACCUCCCAUGGUAGGGAAUAUCAUUGAAAUAAUAAGCAAAUCACUUCUCUUUUUACAAGAACAAUAGCUGUGAAGGGAGUGGAAAUAUUAUCUUUACUACGCGCAUUUGUCGGAAGAGAGACCAUGUGAAAAAAUAAAAUAAAAAGAUUCAACCAGGUCGUCAGUCCACAUUUUUUUACAGUCCUCCUUGUGUCGUAUUAAAAGCCCGAGUUGUAAAAAGGAAUUCUGAGGUGGGCCGCCAUUCUCCGUGGGUGUCCGCCUCACGACUGCAAACAAACGAUCAGUUUAUAGUUAAAAACCAACAUUUUUUACUUUCCCUCUAUCAUUUGCUCACUGUUACAAUAGGAUCGGCAUGUGAACUCAUGAGGAAUUUCUCAUGCAUGACGUCACGAACGAAUGGGCGGAGUUUCGGAAGUGCUCUCGUCCUAUGAGCAAUAUUCAUCAAAUAGAAAACGAAACGAUCGAUGCAUGUCCACCACCCCAAACUCAGAAAAAUAAAACCAAAACAAACAAAAACAAAACAAAAAAAAGGCGGGAGAAGAGAACAUCGUAGUUUCGAAUAACAAGAUUCUUCGAGUCAACUCUGUUAAGAAAUCGUCUGCUACGAUUUAAGUUCUAUCCAAGUUACGGUUUUGUAAAAGGUUUCGAAUUGAUGCUUGGCGGAAUGGAUGUGGAAGGCGGUCGCCGCAUCGAACCGCCCUCCUCCCGUUGUGGGAGCGGCGGAAAUCUUCUAACUUUCUCCAUCGAAAGGAUAUUAGCGCCUGAUUUCGGGCCCAAGGCCGAUUUUAAACAAACCGGUAAUUUGCGGUAUCUCGGUUAUUCCCUUCCCGCAGUCACUAGUGAAAAGCUCCCGGUGAAAAAUUUCGAGAAGUCGUUUCUUCGUGAACAAUCGAAUGGUAUUCACAUUGAAGAGUCAGAAUUGAAAUUGCCUAGUUUUGAAUUUCACAAUCUUUUCAACUUUAAACCAUAUACGAUUCGCGAUGAUAGAUUUAUAGCCAAUGAAUCAUUCCUUAAAUCUAAUCCCAUCAAAGCGUGGGAAUAUUUAAGAAAUUAUUGUUCCUUUGACCGAAAAGAUUUGACAAAACUCUCCAGCAAAAUAGACCACAGUUCACACAUUAAUGUGCCUAAAGAUAUUGCUAAUAGUUUUAAAUUUCCAUCAUCAGAUGUUUCCUACAACAAAUGUUCAUAUUCACCAAAUGGAAAUUCACACUCGAGUCCGAUGGUACUUGAUGAAGCUUCUCUAAAGAGUAAUUCAGACACCAAAUGUGAAAAAGACUAUCUUCUCAAUGACUGUUCCUUAUCUCCCGCUUUAAACCUUAAAAAGCUAGGAAAUGAGGCAUUCAAUUGGCCGAGAGCUAUCUCGCCAAAAGACGAUUCAAUCUCAGACGAUAUUUAUGUCAAACUUCAUCAAACUACCGCAAAAUACUCACCUGCGGAUUCAAAGACAUUGAAACUAACACCUUGCAAAACACCCGAGUUAAAGCCCUCUUAUCACUAUACAGAUUAUUUUGAUCUAUCAUCUUCGCAAUCUUCAUCGGAAGAGAAUAAAUCCGAAUUGAUGAAACUUGAACUGAAACUAAGACACUCUUUCAACGAUACCUGUGAUACCCGAGGAUCUACGGUGAUUAGCGAUUCCAACAGGUGCUCUCCGAGAAGUAACAGCUGUUCGUCUUUUAAGUCAAGCCCCCCAGCAGUCCGAGAAAAUCACUUAAGACAAUGCGAUCUUGAGAAGACACCACCAAUAGAACAAUUAAAUGCAGCAGUCAAUGGAAAAUCGAUUAAAUCGGUACAGACGUCGCAGUCUGCUAAUAAUAGGUCCGUUAAUUGUGUUUCAAGCAGCAGCAAUGAAAAGACAAUAAACAUUGAAGAACCAAAGCUCCCCAGUAAUGAAACAACGAAACCUAGUGACUCUAGUGCAAUAGAAGGAAAGGAAAUUGACUUAGAUAAUGAAGAGGCUUGGCCUGUCUGGGUGUUCGCCACACGAUACAGUUGUCGACCUUCUUCCGGUCCUCGCUGUCGCAGGCUAAAGAAAAAAGAACGCAAUGACGAGAAACGAUGUCGAACAGCAUUUUCAGGCAGUCAACUUCUAAGGCUGAAACAAGAAUUCCUUGAGAAUCCAUACUUGAGUGAAAAAAGACGAGCUUCUUUAGCUCAGGACUUAAAAUUGACAGAAAGUCAAGUCAAAAUCUGGUUCCAGAAUCACAGAGCGAAACAAAAACGUGCCAGUGGACGCAAAAACCCUUUAGCGCUGAAAUUAAUGGCGCAUGGACUUUAUAAUCAUUCUACUGUAAAAUAGAUAUUGAUAAUGUCAUAAAAAUAUUGUGUAUUACGAA